GCCUUCUCAUAUCUAUUUACACUUAAAAUCUAUCAAAUAACAAACACAUUACAGUGCAUAGUUAUGGCUAAAAACGACUUGAAGCUUUUGGGUGGUUGGUCCAGCCCUUUUUCUCUAAGGGUGCAGAUUGCCCUUGACCUGAAGGGUGUAGAUUAUGAGGUUAUUGAAGAGACCUUUAAUCCCAAAAGUGAACUUCUUCUUAAAUCAAAUCCUGUGCACAAGAAAAUCCCAGUUCUCAUCCAUGCAGAUAAACCCAUAUGUGAAUCUGCAAUCAUAGUCGAAUACAUCGAUGAAGUUUGGACCCAUGCUCCCUCCAUCCUUCCACAAAAUGCCUAUGAUCGAGCUAAUGCCCGAUUUUGGGUUGCUUAUAUCGAUGACAAGUGGUUGAAGGCCUUAAGAAGUAUUCUAAUGGCUGAAGAGAAUGAUGAAGAAAGGAGGCAGAGUUUAAGGAAGCAGAAGAAGUGUUUGAGGAGGAUGGAAGAAGUGAUGAACAAGGGCAGUGAAGGAAAGGCUUUUUCGGAGGAGACACCAUUGGAUUAUGUGAUAUUGGUUUUGGAUGCUAUCUGAGUUUGGAUCAGAGUGUGGAAA